CCCUUCAAAUAUUCACUUAUUUCUUUCUCUCACUCAAGAAAUUUAAAGAAGAAGAUCAAUCUCUAUGAAGCCUAUGAUUAAUUUAUCUCUUAUUUCAUCUUUCAUUAUACUACUACUCAUUUCCCAAACAAUAUCGGCUCGUCUUCCUCCUACAAAUAAUCGAGAUAACAACAAGAUUGAAGUUAAUGGGAUUAUUCAUUCAAUUCCCACACAAGAAGAAGACUUCACCAAUCUCAUGGGGAUGGAGGAAUGUGAAGACAGAGAUGAAGUUUGUUUAAAUAGAAGGAUGGUAGCUGAGGCUCACUUGGAUUACAUAUAUACUCAAAACAAACCUAAGCCCUAAAGGCUAAAGAGGGAUUAAUUAUCUCUACAUUAAACUACAAAGCUUAUCUACAUGUAGAAGAAGUUUAGAUAUGAUAUUUUAUACCAACAAAAGCAUUUUUAAUUAAUUUAUCAUAAGAUGUAGCAUUAGUCUAUUAAUAAUGGAGUAUAUGUUUUAUGAGCUAUUAAUGAGUAGUGGAAACUUUUAAUU